AUGAAUGCAACUGUAUGCAGGAAACAUGAUGAUGAAGAAAUAAUUGUGGGAAGUAGUGUGGAUGACGCCGAAGCAGAGUUUGGUAGGAAUGGCCGAUUAUAUUGGCCACCAGAAGAAAUGCUUUCAUACUUCAAGCAGUUGUACAAGAAGACAGCCAAUAUGUGCGUGGCUUGGUACAACACAAAUAACCCAGACGAUUCCUAUGAAUUUACAAGCAUGCCCAUGAAGGAUGUUUGUAAUUUCAUGGAUGGAGGAGUUUCUUAUAUGCACAUGAAUUUCAAGGCAACGAAUGUGAAAACAGGGUCAGAGGAGCUCUUCUUCGCUGAAUUGGCUUUAAUCAACAACGUUUUUUAUGCCAAUAAUGGAUAUUCUACCACUGCCUGCAGCAUUGUUGAUGACAACUGUGUCGGUGGUAAAAAGGAUCUGCGCCUUAAAGAUGGUUGGCCAGCGGAGCGUUAUGAUGAAAAUAAUUGCUAUGCAUGUGCUGAGAAGAUAAAGCACCCCACAGGAAAGACCUACGAAGGAGGCCAUUAUGCUGAGGACUAUUUCGUAGGUUCUGAUUCCGAAUGA